AAAAUAACUUGCAAAACCGAAGAAAAAAUAUCGGCAACAAGAACAAAACGCUCUUCUAUUUUUUCUUCAUCUUCCAAUUUCCAGGAACAAGAUUGGACGAAAUCUUAAGGUAUUGCAUCCAUUUAAAAAGUUCAUGGAUAGGUGGUCGGGUAAAAGAGCCCAUGAGGCGAGACCUGACUCUAAGAAGGGUGGUGGUGUUGUUUUCAGAGAUAGAUUUAACAACAAUAGUUGCAAGGUUCCUAUUUGUAGUGAUGAGAAAAAAACGAUGAACUUUACUCGGUUUGUUGGCUCUUCAGAUAAGAAAGAGAAGUCAGUCUUGUCUACAUACCGCUCUUCGCCAAACGGGAAGGAAGUAAUUGGAACUUCCUCUAAGAUUUGUGGCUCUAGCUCCUCUUCUGUGAAAAGUGAGAAGCAACCGUUUUCUCAGAUAGCCAUGGAUUCAUCAGAGAGCAGCAGAGGUAGCGAAGAUGAGGCAGAGACAGAAAUCUUGCAAGUUUCUCUUGGAAGAGAUAAAAGAAGAGCUAACAAUAAACUUAUUUAUGGAAAAGUUAUAACACCAGAAGCUGAAUGCUCAAACUUGCCAUCGAGCUCAAGAAUCAAGAGAGGUUUUAGGCAGAGGUUUGGGUUGAGCAAGCAAGAGUUUCACCCUGGUCCCUCUGGCCAGUCAACAUCUGCCAACCGAGGAUGCAGCCCGUUGUUAUCCGGUGUCAUUCCAAGUGGUUUUGGAUUGGAGAAAAGAUUAAGUCGGAAGGCAGAUACAAUCAAUAAGAGGAAAGUUUAUGGAGAAAGCAGUUCUAGCUCCUCAGCUAGGGGGAAGAAUGUAACAGAAACACCAGCUGAAGUGAGACGUCGUAGUUUUAAUCCGAGAGGUUCUGUUUCAGAUAGUAGACAGGCUAGACACUGCAUUUUGAAUGAUGACAACGAUGUUGCUUCAUUUGGGAGUCAGAGAUUGGCAGAUAGAAGUAAUAGUCGCAUUAGAUUCUCAAACCGAGGGAGUGGUAGAGACGGUUUAUCCUCUGUCACGGCAACAGAGAUGUCUCAGACUGAAACAUCAAACAAUCUCAAUUCUCCUGUCUCUUUGGAGCUAUUCUCUGGUUUUCCAGAAUUUGGCCUCUCUGGUUCCUUAUUGAGUCAAGACAGUUUUCGCAGUUACAAUUUAGAUGGGAUCUCGGAGAUUUUGCCAGAACUUGAUAGGAUUGAACAAGAUAUCGAGCUUAACUAUGAGGAGCUGCUUAUCAUGGAGACAGGUUUACUUCUCGGUGGACUAAGCUUCCAUGACCAACACCGAGACAUGAGGCUAGACAUCGAUAACAUGUCAUAUGAGGAACUAUUAGCUCUUGAAGAGAGGAUUGGUACAGUAAGCACUGCUCUCACAGAAGAAGCAAUAUCAAAGUGCUUGAAAACAAGCAUCUAUCAGAUGAAACCUUUAACUUAUGGGUCUAUCACCAAAAGUCCUAGUGAUCACAAGGAAGAUGCCAAAUGCAGCAUCUGCCAGGAAGAGUAUACAAUAGGAGAUGAAGUUGGGAGGCUACACUGUGAGCACACAUACCAUGUGAAGUGUGUGCAAGAGUGGUUGCGGAUGAAGAGUUGGUGCCCAAUCUGCAAAGCCACUGCGGAAACCUCAUCUAAAUAACCGUCUUCUUUUCUUCCUCGUUCGUUGUAUUAUUUCUUUCAUCUAAAGCCUGUGAACAACAAUGGAACCUGCCUAGAAAGGGCCUCACCAUUUCCUUUGGGUACAUACCAAUUCACACCGGCGCUGUCUCUCUUUCUCUAUUCCUUUCGUCUAAUGACAAAGCUAUCCUGUGUUUCUCUUCUGUCUUUCACCUGUUUCCUAUUGAUUUCCGUAAUGUAAAGCGGGAAAGACGGAAAAUAUGUCAUUUGAACUUUUAAGAUUAAGAAAACGUCAUCUUGAAU